CCCAGACAUCUUCUAGAGUCAUCAUAUCUCUUUUUGAUAUUCUUUGAUAACUCAUCGCAAGUAUAACCUGGUCCGCUUUGUCCAUUUUUUCCGCCCCGCCUGUUGCCCUGGCUACCACCUCAACGAGCCAGACAAGCGUUAUUACACCUCGGCCAAAACAACACCAACGCACGAAAUCCCUGUUACUCCAGUCAAAAUUCGAAAAAGGGAGCGACGGGUGGCAUUCCACUCGCAUAUUGAAAUUCCACCCAGCCAUACACCGCGCGACACGCUCGGUAUCACUUGUUACAAAAAUUCUACGCUAAUCCAGUGAUCUCCGCGGUCGGGCUCUGUGCAGGCAGAUAGCCAAGGUCGCACACCAAACAACACAAAAUGGCCGAUGAGCUAGAUUACCUCUAUCCAGACUUCGAUCUGACCACUCUCACCGUCCCCCGUCUCCGAUCCAUUCUCGUCAACCACGACAUCGCCUACCCUGCCUCAGCGAAGAAGGCCCAACUGGUCGGCAUCCUCCAAGAUGAGGUCCUCCCUCAAGCGCGGAAGAUCCUGCGCGACCGCGAACGGGUUCGACGGACAAGUGCCGGAAUCACAGACAUGAGCAGCCGCUCGACGUCGGUAGCCAGCGACGCGGACGACAGGGAAUCCAUGCCUCCACCAGCAACGCCGUCGUCAGUCGCAUCUACAAGUCGCGGACAAAGGGGCACAUCGCGACGCAGCACCCGGCACUCAACGGCUGAUUUCGACGAUGGACUUGUCCCAGCCACUCCUGCCACCGCUCGGAGCUCGAAGCGAACAAGUAUUGCUCGAUCAGUGGGCAAGCAUGCCCGCGCGUCCGACACGGAAACCAACGACGAUAUGCUCGCUACUCCCAUUGCUACUGGCCGUGCUUCGCCUCGUAAAUCUACUGCGCGGAAACUCCGACGGAGUGAGGUUCUCCCGUCUACUGAGGUCGAGGAGCACACACCUGGCAUCAAGUCGGAACCACAUGAUGAUAGUGGGUUUACGAAUGACAACCCAUUUCAAAGUGGUAGUCCUUCUGAGGCUCCUCGGAGUACCAGGGCGAGCUACGAUAGUAGACGGAAGAGUGCUUCGCGCUUAUCUACUGAAAGCCCGGCUCGGGGCCGUGGGCUUCGGUCUCGGAAAUCAGCUACUCCUUCUACUAGCUUGAGGCAGGAGGAUGGCUACCAGGCUCCUCAGCGGGAUUCGUUUGAUUUCGCUUCUAAAUUGCAGCCUCCGCAGGAGGCAAGUGGGGAAGAGGAGGAAGAGGAAGAUGAGGAGAGUGAUAUGAGCGCCGGCGAAGAAUUCACACCGGAAGAGCAGCUCGCCAUGGAGAACGAACAAUAUGCGCCACAGAUCCAAGUUCGACGACGGCGACCACAGAAGCAAGGAACCGUGGCCCGGUUGGCUCCGUGGCUUGUCAUUCUUUUGCUGGCCGGCAGCUUCGGUGCCUGGUGGCGUCGAGAGAAGCUUGAGAUUGGGUACUGUGGCCUUGGGAAGCCCACCUGGUCACUGGCCGAGACAAAGGUUCCCGAGUGGGCCAAUGUGCUGGAACCUCGGUGCGAGCCGUGCCCAAGCCACGCCUUCUGCUACCCAGACUUUGAAGUCCGCUGUGAGAAUGAUUUCCUUCUCAAGCCCCAUCCUCUCUCCCUGGGAGGCCUUGUGCCCUUGCCGCCUACAUGUGAACCCGACAGUGAAAAGGCGCGUCGCGUGAAGGCGGUUGCUGAUAAAGCUGUUGAGGAGCUCCGUGAGCGCCGCGCCAAGUGGGAAUGUGGCCAGCUCAAGGAGGAUGGCAAGGAUGCUCGUUCUCCUGAUAUCAGCGAGCCCGAUCUGAAGGAAGAGGUUGCUAAGAAACGUCGCAAGGGCUUGACUGACAACGAGUUUGAUGAGCUGUGGAAAGGCGCGAUCGGAGAAGUCAUUGACAAAGAUGAAAUUGUCAGCAAGACCAAGCAACCUUCCGGUGACCUCGUCCUCUCCUCUACCUCCAUCGCACGGCUCCCAAUCACAUGCGCCAUCCGCCGUCACUUCCGACUCGCUCUCGUCGCGUAUCGACUCCCUAUUUCACUUCUAGUUCUGGUCAUUGGUCUUAUCGGUUAUGCGCGCGCGCGUGUUCUAGCCCGCCGCUCUGAUAUCGCUCGUGUGCCAGAGCUGGUCGCUACGACUCUGGACCGUCUUUCCACCCAGGCUGCACUGUAUGCCCAUGGUAACGCUAAAGAGCCCUACAUUGCCAUUGGCCAACUCCGAGACGACGUCCUGCGGUUUGAACUCCAAGGCAAGCGCCGCGAGGAGCUCUGGCGUCGUGUCCGCAGCUUUGUUGAAGGCAACGCUAAUGUCCGCGCCGCCGUCCGUGAAGGACGCAGCGGUGAUGUUUCUCGAUCCUGGGAGUGGAUCGGUGGGAUUAACCCUGUCAGUUCCCCGGAGCAGAGUUCCAGCCGAGAGAGUGUACGGUUCUCCCUUGGUUCUCCGUCUGAUAAUGCCGCGGCGAGCCCUCAUACCCCUUUGGGCGAAAUUAACCCGGAGCCCGUUUCGAACCCGAGAGAAUCCCGCCGUUGGGACGAGGGUCGUCCGAUCUACUGAACACCCAGACUCUGAAGAACCUUGGCACUCAUGCACGCAGCUGGGCUGUUUUCGUUUUGAUAUCCCACCCCGUUAUUUCUUUUUUACGUAUGCGAUACGGGUUUCCUUUCCGGGCUUUAGUCGUGUUGCCAUCACCUUCUAUUUCCUCAGUACAUAUUUCUUCCCGUGCAUACCGAUUUUAUGGCUGCUCUAGCCCCAUUUGCUCAAAUCCGCUCUUCAUACUGUACUCCGUAGUCUCGGCGAGUAUACUGUAUGCAGGAUGUAUGAACUGUCCUUCGUCCGAUACAUACAUAGUACCGGUCAGUGCCUAGCGCUAAGAACCCUGCAUCACAGCGCAGCAUGCAUGCACCGCUCCAACGGGCAUAGGAAACAAAUACAGUAGCAACAUUGGCGCAGUUCCUGCCCCCAGUAUAGACGAUUAGUAUUCCAAAUCACUGUGCAAAUUGUCAUCUUUCAAUAUCAAAUCCCGAAC